AAAGCAGUAACCGGAAAUAAUUGUGAUUGUGUUUGCCAUGUAUCAGCUUACCGUGAAUUCGGCUUGAACUCGUCGCAAUUUUCUCGUUCCUCGUGCAUUAUUGUUUCAUUUUCUACUCGCGGCUUGAAUGGAAGGACGCGAGACAAGUAACCGAGCCGACCAGGGCCAGUCCGGGCCAGAAACAGACACGGACGACAAUGACUGCAGAGUACAAGGUCAUCGCCCCAGGUUAUCAAAAGUAAACCUGUUUACCUUACUGAGUCUCUGGAUGGAACUUUUCCCUCGGGAGAAAUCUGAAGACGAUGAGCAAAAUCAGAUUCGUGGGAUGGGUCUGGUGGUGGUGCGGGACAGCAAGGUGCUGGGACUCCACUGCUCAGGAGCUGAGCUUCAUGCAGGACAGGCAGCCAUCAUCCAGCAUGGCACCCGCCUGGCGGACUGUGAGCUGUACUUCUCCAGGAGACCCUGUGCUACCUGCCUUAAGAUGAUCAUCAACGCGGGAGUCAGUCAGAUCUCCUUCUGGCCUGGAGACCCCGAGGUCAGCAUGCUGAGGUCCACCUCUACAACCCAUCCAAACUCCAGAUCACACAGUCCACCUAGCGGCAUCACGGAGGAAGCCAUGCUGGACACAAUAGCAACAGAGAAGCUAAAAUCCAACAGUCGAACUCAUAUCUGUGUUGGCAUGCAGCCGAUGGCGCCUGGUCUGGCGCAGUUUGUAGACCAGACGUCCAAACAGUGUGAUUUCAUGGAGAGAGUGGCUGAGGAUGAACCAGGGAUAAUUACAGAUGAACUCUUCAACAGAGAGCGAACGAGACACCUGGCAGAGUUUUCCAGACAGUUUCUGGUCACUAAAUCUCAGCAACACCGUACAAUUUUGACCCAAAUGCAUCUGGAGAACUUCUGCGUGGAGCCCUACUUCUCCAACCUGAGGCACAACAUGAAGAAGCUGGUGGAGGUUCUGGCUGCUGUAGCUGCUGGGAUUCCACAACAGAACCACGGCUUUUACAGGGAGCAGUGUUCAACCAGUGAGCCGUCACCGGUCAAGUCCUCAGUGCAUCUACAUGACCAGGGUCUAUCGCAGGAAGUAGCUUGUCACUGCAUCAUUCAAGCCAGGCUUCUGUCCUAUAGAACAGAGGACGCUAAAGUUGGCGUGGGGGCUGUGAUCUGGGCCAGGGGACCGUCGGCUGGCUGUGACGGAACAAACGGCCUGCACCUGGUGGGUUGUGGGUACAACGCCUACCCCAAAGGCUCACAGUACGCCGAGUACCCGCAGAUGGACAACAAGCAGGAGGACAGGCAGAGACGCAAAUACAGAUACAUCGUCCACGCGGAGCAGAACGCCCUCACCUUCAGGGCUCGUGACAUCAAACCAGAGGAACCCACUUUGCUGUUUGUGACCAAAUGUCCGUGUGACGAGUGCAUCCCUCUGAUCAGAGGAGCCGGCGUCUCGCACAUCUACACCACAGACCAGGACAGGGAUAAAGAUAAGGGAGACAUUUCCUACCUGAGGUUUGGCAGCUUGAAGGAUACCAGCAAGUUCAUAUGGCAGAGGAGCCCUUCUCCACAGAUUCCCAACGGUCAUGCCAGGAAGCACAGCAGGCUGACUGAGCAGGAGAGCCAGAGCAACAAGAAGCUGUGCGUCCACAGAUCUACCGACAACUGAAUCUACAGUCAGCGAAGGGUCGAUGCCUGGAUGAAUGGAUUAACCAAAACCUACCCGGUCACGUUUUUAGCCUGUGUGGUACAGAUUUGAGGGACUUGUUGGAUAGAAGUCCUUUCCUACCUCAAGAUCAAAUCUGUGCCACACCUAAUUUUACAUUAUUUAUUUUUUCCUAAACCACGUGCAUUGGAGACUGAUUCGUAUUUAAUCAGGACCCACGGUGACGUCUUUCCUGUGUGUCCCCCGUAGACUGAAGCUCUUCUUUAUGUUUUAAACUCCUGGUAUGGCACUUUUUUCACCUGAACUGCAAAGCGCUUUCAGUCAUACAGUCAUGGUGGACGGUCCUAUGCUUUAAGGCUCAUUGACAGUAGCUGAAGAUAUGAGAAGUCCGUUCGUUGAGAGACGAAGUCAUGCCAUGAAGGCACGUGUUGACCUCAUGGGAAAACCACUAAGAAAGGAUGGAGGGAUGCAACUAUACCGGUAAAAAAAACUACAUAGAAGGACACCACAAAGUAAUAUGUUUGAAAUGUUAAUAUGAACUCUGUCAUGUAUAUGUUGUUAAUUUAUUUUUAUAUAGUCAUAGAUGAGAAGUGUGUUGUGGGUGUAAGGCAUUUGGGUUUACUUGAAGGGCUUGAGGCAUCAAGUUGCAUCCUUAUAAUGAAAGGAGGUUUAUGGGAAGUGAUAGGGUUCAAGAGGAGUUUUACCUCUGACAGCAGAUCAAGGUAGAAGAUGCCAGUAAUCAUGUUUAUGCAAUGAGGAUGCAUUUCAACCUAUUGACUAAAUGCAACAUUAUAAUGGGAGCUUUAAGGACGAUCUUGACUUGACUAAAUGUUUGCACAUGCGUUUCAGCUCAACUUUCUAUGCACAUAGAAAACAGAAAAGAUCUCACACAUACACACACGGAUAUGUUCAUUCCCAUCAGUUUAUUUGCUGUGAAUGUGGUACAAUAGCGUCAGUGUGUGGGGGAUAAUGUGCCGGUUAGCUCAUCGUUUUAGUUGUAAAACAGGCAAAAGCUAAAGGUUGUUUCUAUCAGUGACAAUUCUGAUAGAGUUCUAUUCUGAUACAGUAUAAACAGUGUCACAGCUUAUAACAUUAAAUAGCUGGUGUUUUUUUUUCUUCACCAAAAAUAGAAAUCAAUGAGGGUUUUUUUUUUCAGAUUACAAUUUUCAGGUGUACGGAUUUUCCGUUUGAGGGACUGUAGCUAGCGUGAGACAUCUAAAGGAGUUGGAAAUUUUGUUUCAAAUGAAGUAGUCCUAAGGGAAAUAAAUUCUCGAUUUUUA